AAUCAAGUUUAAUUAUUCAUUCAUGUCAAAUGUGUGAAAUAUCAAACAACUAAACUCGAAAUUUGUUAUUCAUUCGUGAUUCGAUCCUGUUUUUCAUCUUAUUUCUUUAGUUUUUUUGAAAAUUAUAUACCUAAGAAAUUGUAACGAAUAUGGAGAAACCUACAGUCACCGAGCAACCACCACCAUACUCGGCAACUAUUCCUCAAGGACCACAAACCGGCCCCAACAAUCCUGCAGGCCAGCCGGGUCAAGGGGCUUAUCCCCCUCCUCCGCCUGGCUACACACCAUACAAUGCCCCACCAGGGAUGGCAUAUGUCCCCAACUAUGGGGCUACUAACAUAAUCAUACCCCCGGCUAUUAUAACUGUGGGAGCCUGUCCAGCCUGUCGUGUAGGUAUACUAGAAGAUGACUUCACAUGCCUCGGGAUUCUAUGCGCUAUCCUCUUCUUCCCUCUCGGAAUUCUAUGCUGUCUCGCUCUAAAGAACAGAAGAUGCUCGAAUUGUGGCGCUAUGUUUGGAUAGUUGGAAAGUAUUGGAUGAUUCCUAGUUUCUAUAAUCAGGAUGUGAGAAAAAUCAAGCAAUUUCUUGUGUUUGAUGUUUUGUUACAUUAAGAAAUAAAGACACAUUGAAGGAUUUUCGAAGAGAUUUAUUUGUUGUAUAAUUAAUUCGGGAUAACGCGUGUGUGGAGGUGGCGUGACGGAGGUAGUGUUCGAGUCAGGAAAAAUAAUAUAAUAACUAAAUCGAUUUUGAAAUCCGUUAACAAGUGUUUUGCUUCUACAAAAUUCAAGUGGUUUAACUCGAAAGUAGUGAAAGAUACACAAAUCUAAAUCAAAUAGGUUUAUUCCUGGUUAUAGGAACUAAAGCUCACAAGUUGUAGUUUAAAUGUAUUGCCACUACUAUUGCUUUAAAAUGAUAUCAUAUAGAACUUCAAUUGACUUAAAAUCAGAUGUUAUAAAUGGAAAGUUAAUUUAACUAAAAAUAUUAUGCUGUAAGAAUAAAUUUGUGUAGUACAAAUAUCAAUGGUUUUGCAAAAUAAAGGAUCUCUCUGCUAUGACAAUGUAUAACGAACAUUCUGCAUGUGGAGUCUGUAUAUUUACAUUACAACUUCAUAAUUAUGUAUUUACAUAAUUCAUAUUAUUUUUAUAUUACGUCCAUGUAAAUGAUUAAGCAAUUUUUAAAUUUGUUGCAAAAUAAAUAUUCAUCAAUUUGUAAGUCUUGUGUCUUGAAAUUGGUCACAUAUAGUGAUGAAAUUGUAUUUUAGUAUCUAUCAUCAAUAACGUAACUCGCAAUAAUAAGUAAGGUUGCCAUUUGAAUGUUACUUAUUAUUGUAUACUUAUAAUUCAUAUUUUGAAUGUAUAAAUUAAUAAAGCUGCCGUUGAUAAAAUAUGAAUUUUUAAAGUGCCAGGUUAUAUAUUAAAUUUUAAUCAUAAAAUGCUAUUCUACCGUUAAGUUAGUGGUAGUAUAGUGCUAAAUUGUAAUAUUAAUUAUUUUAAUUCAUACAACAAGACUAGUAACUGUUUCAGGUAUUUAUGUAUUAUUUAUCAUCACUAAAAUAUUUAUACAACAAUAAUAGUUAAAAAAUAUUCAAAAUCCAAAGAGCAAUGAAUGCCGGCCGUGAGAAGAUAUCGCUGUGCUGUAUCUAUCUUUUUCUAAGCACCGAAAAUUUCUAAUUCUUUUUUCACGCCAACUCCCUUUAAGACUGAGAAGUGAGAGACGCCUUUUCUUUUUCUAUUUGAGAGAUAGCGAUGACCGAUGAGCGAAGCCUGGCUCCAAUAAAUAAUAGAAUAAUAUCUCUAUGGGUAAAAUACAUUCCACGUGACAAUAGUAAAGCAUAGACUACAAUAUAACUGAUAUGAAUCAAAAAAGAAUAAUAUGAAUAUAAUAUUUGUAUAUUUUAUAAGUUUACAUUCUGUAAUAGAAAUGCUAUAUUGACAUAGAUCAAUAUUGUUUAUUUCUCUUUGAAAUAAUUAAGUAAUAUUGUGUAGAAAUAAAUCAUAGAAUAUAACAAGUGGCCUUUAUAAAAUUUAAAUAUUACGGUUUCUACGAAUCUUCGGUUUGUCAUCUAUAUAAAAAUGUUACUUUAGAAUACAUAAAAAUAGAUGAUUAAUUAUUAAUAUUGUAAGCAAUAUGUUAAUAUUAUAUGUCAUAUAAAUUGUGCCUCUUAGUAGUAGGAUAUUAAUUAUUAUAAUAUUAGAUUGUGGUCAAUUUAGUAAUACAAUACGAUGUUACGAUGUAUCACAUGGAAAAUAUGGCUGUAACCACAAUGAUUCUAUGUUUUUCACUUCAAUGUUUCCCCUUUUAUUAUUCUUUAUCUAUUCUGUAGAGACUAUAAAAAAUAGUUUGGUGUUAAUGUGAAUGUUAAUAUGUUGUAUUCAUAUUUACGUGAUUUUUAUUAUGAAAAAAUCUUAUUGUUUUAUUGAAGUUUACUCUUCUUAAAUUUAACUUUAUGUGUGUUUUUGUCAAAUCGUAAUUGUUAUGAUUUCAGGUAAAAAAUGAUAUUGAUAAACAAUAGUAAUUUUUAUCUGUUGAAACAUUCUUUUAAAUCGUCUGUUAUUUAUUUAUAAAUAUAAGGAAUGUUAUUUACAUAUUGUUUAUGUUUCUAACAUAUUCUUCAGAGUUUAAUACAUGCAAUCACCCGUAAGAAUUUAAUACUUGUAUUGUAUUUGAAAAUUUGUACUGUGAUUGUACCAAACUUAUAAUUCGAAAUAAAAAUAUUUUUUAAUUUUAU